AUGGAUCUACUGGACUGGCUAGAACCUAUUCUCACUGCUGUCGAUACCUACAUCGACGACAAAAAUCGUUUUCGUCCUGAUUCUGAUUCUGAUUCUGAAUCUGAGGGAGAAUUACUCGUUGAUCAUCCAAAUGGUCCUAUCAAUUCGACUGAUAGUAGUUACGAAUAUGACGUUGCAGAGAAUAUCCAACUCGAUGAUUACCAAUUCGAGCAUGGCGUUGGUGUUAUCGCCAAUGAUCUUACCGACCCAAAUACAAAAGUAACUACAAAAAAUAACACUCAGAGUUACAUCGCUGGUCGACGCAGGGUGAAAACCAUGUAUUUACCAGCUAAAAAACUAAGCGAUAUCUAUGGAUAUUGA